UGUUGGCACCUACAAGCUCCCCCUCCACACAGCAGACGGUGGGACCAUGAAGACUGUGGUGGCUCUGCUGCUGCUCUGCCUGUGCGAUCCUGGACUGAGCGACUGCCAGGCAGACUGCCUGUCCUGCAGCAACAUCCUGCCCAAGCAGCUCAGCUUCAAUAACGUGGUGUGUCUCCUUGAGUGUGAAGGCAACGUGUCCCCAUCCUUCAUCUGGGAUUUUUGCCGUAAAGCGUUGUCCUCACCCACGUCCGCCCUUAGUGCUAUCAUGCGGAAAAGAUCUGAGGAGGAGGCGGAGGUCCUUCUCCCAGAAGAAGAGGGGCAGACGGAUGGCGGUCUGUGGCUGCCCAUGGCGUUACAGAGGUUCGAUCAUGUCACCCGGGCACUCAGCGAGGGUGACCAGCUGAACACUGCUUACAAUUCCCAGAAUACCCUGUCCCUUGAGGAUGAGUAUGACGAGGAGGAGGCCGGACAGGAAGAAGGGGAUGUUGACGUGGCAGCGAGAGGACAGGGUGACGGAGAGGUGAGCAUCUCCAAGAGAUUCGGCGGGUUCGUCAAAGGGAGGCAUGGCUACAGGAAACUGAUGUCCCCCGGCAGGUCAUACCAGAAGAGGUAUGGCGGCUUUAUUGGCAUACGGAAGUCGGCCCGCAAGUGGAACAACCAAAAACGUUUCAGCGAAUUCCUGAAGCAGUAUCUUGGGAUGAGUGCUCGGGCCACCGAGUUCAACAGCAUGUCAGAGGACCUCAAGCAACAGAAUGAAGUUUAGCAGAAUUCCCCUCA